AACAGAUCGAAAUAAUUCACUGAGCCACAAUAUGAGGACUAUCUGCCCUCUCUUAUUUCUGAAUACAUCAAGGAAAUCAAUAAAUUAGGCCCGAAAAGAUUCACAGUUGUCGGAGUUCCACCAAUGGGAUGUCUACCUGUUGUUAAGACUCUUAUGAGUGCUGAAGAAUGUUAUGUGAAGCUCAACGAUGUUGCUAACUCCUUCAACUCUAAGAUUGCGAGGCAACUUCAUACUCUAAGGAAGCAAUUGAGUAUCAAAACUCAUUUCCUUGAUGUAUACCAAGUUUUUGAACAGGCCACUAAGCAUCCCAAGAAGUUUGGAUUUACAGAGACAACAAAGGGAUGUUGCGGAUCAGGAACGAUCGAGAUAGGAGAGACAUGCAAGGGCCAGACAACCUGCGAUGAUCCAACGAGGUUCAUGUACUGGGACGCCGUCCAUCCAACGCAGAAGAUGUACAAGAUCAUCGCCGAAGAAGCAGUUCAAAACAUCGGCGAUGCACUCCUUUUUAAGUAUCAGAUUUUUCAUGCGCUAGAGAUUGCAGAGUUGAUUGAAUCUCACAAUCUUAAGUAUCUAUCUUCUUUAAUCGAUAAAUAA